AUGAAUUACCUUUGUUGGAACUGUCAGGGAAUUGGGAACCCCCGGACAGUUUUUGCGCUCCGUGAUUAUUUGCGGCGCUGGAAUCCCAAACUCGUCUUCCUCUCGGAGACAAAAUUGAUCAGUAGGCGUAUGGAGAAAGUUAAGUACAAGCUGGGUUUUUCAAAUGGGCUUAUUGUUCCUAGUAGGGGACGUAGGGGUGGCCUUGCUCUGCUAUGGUCCAGUGACACUGUUCUGGAAAUUAAGAGCUAUUCAGACUAUCACAUUGAUGCGGUUAUUACAGAAUCUAGCAAUGGUUUUUUGUGGAGGUUCACUGGGUUUUACGGGCAUCCUGAAACUCAUCUUAGGGAAGAUUCCUGGAAACUCCUUUCUUUUCUUAAUAGUCAGUUUAAUUUUCCCUGGUUUUGCUGUGGUGACUUUAAUGAAAUUCUUUCAAUGACUGAAAAAGCAGGUGGUGCUCUUCGUUCUCAAUGCCAAAUGGACAAAUUCCGGCAAGUUGUGAAUUUUUGUGGUUUUAAGGAUUUGGGGUUUUGUGGCCCUGAUUUUACCUGGUGCAAUAUGAAGGAGGGGAGCAGCAGAAUUUUGCUCCGUUUGGACAGAGCAUUUGCAAACUCUGAGUGGCUUAAUCAUUUCAAGGAUCCAAUCGUGCAUCAUUUGGUUGAAUCAACAUCAGACCAUUGUAUUCUUAUCACCACAGACCCCUCCCGCCCGGUUAAUAAGCGCAAUCGUAGGUUCCAUUUUGAGGCGAUGUGGACCAAAAGAGAUGAUUGCAGAGAAGUCAUCGAUGCUGCCUGGAACUCCGGCACCCUUGCCAUCACGCCGGAUGGGAUUGCUUCCAACCUACAAAGAUGUGCUGCUGCUCUUUCAACUUGGAACCAGAAUGUAGUGGGAAAUAUUACAAAGAAAAUCCAAGAAAAGAAAAGAGCCCUCUCAUCUCUUUCCAUUGAUGACAGAGGCAAUAAAAGGGCUGAAGUCAACCAGCUUAGAAGGGAAAUCAAUGAUCUGUUGGAUAGUGAAGAGAUCAUUUGGAGACAGCGCAGCAAGACUCAUUGGUACAAGGAAGGGGACCGAAACACAAAGUUUUUUCACGCCCAUGCCUCGGAAAGAAGGAAAAAAAACACCAUUUUGGGGCUUUGGAAUGAGGACGGUGUUUGGUGUGAGAAUAAGGACAGCAUCACUGCUGCUGCAAUAUCAUAUUUUGAGAAGAUUUUUUCCACCUCUUCUCCACGUGGAAUUAAUGAAGUCACCCAUGCAUUACCUAGGUGUGUUACGGAGGAUAUGAAUGCUGAGCUCACCAAGGCCUUUACAAGAGAUGAAGUCACUAUUGCUCUCAAGCAGCUCCACCCAACCAAAGCUCCUGGACCGGAUGUUAUUAUCAAUGGUGAGGCUUGUGGAAACAUUACCCCCACAAGAGGCAUAAGGCAGGGGGAUCCCCUCUCCCCCUACCUCUUUCUUCUUUGUGCGGAAGGCCUCUCCGCUCUUUUUCACAAAGCUGCUCGAGACAAGCAAAUUAAUGGAAUUACUAUCGGCAGGGGCUGCCCUUCCCUCACUCACCUCUUCUUCGCCGACGAUAGCCUCUUUUUUUGCAAAGCAUCGGUCCAAGAAUGCCAGCAUCUUGUUGACAUCCUCAGCCGCUAUGAAGCGGCCUCGGGGCAAAAAAUCAAUACCGACAAGUCUUCCGUCUUUUUCAGCCCUAACACCCCGCAAGAGAGAAAGGAAUGCAUUUUAAAUAUCCUUGGGCCAAUGCAAGACUCCAGGCACUAUAAAUACUUGGGGCUCCCCUCUAUCAUUGGAAAAUCUAAGGCAUUGGUGUUUGCGGAAGUUAAGGAAAGGGUGGCGAAAAAGCUGGCUGGUUGGAAGGGAAAGCUCCUUUCAAUUGGAGGGAGAGAGAUCCUUAUCAAGGCGGUUGCCCAAGCAGUGCCUACGUACACAAUGAGUUGCUUCCAACUCCCUAAGACACUUUGCAAAGACCUUGAAAAUUUGAUGAGGAAUUUCUGGUGGGGGCAAAGGGGUGAUGAGAACAAAAUAUCAUGGGUUACUUGGAAGAAGAUGUGUAAAUCAAAGUUCCAUGGCGGUAUGGGUUUUAGAAACAUCCAAGCUUUCAACCUUGCCAUGUUGGCUAAGCAAGGUUGGAGAAUCCUCACCAACCCAAACACCUUGAUGGCUCGGAUAUUUAAAGCCAAAUAUUUUCCCCAUGAUGAAGUCCUCAACUCCAAAAAAGGAAGCAAUCCCUCUUACGCUUGGCGAAGUAUUCACAAUAGUCUUGAGGUGAUUAAGAGUGGCACUAGGUGGAGGGUGGGUAACGACCGUCGAAUUCAUAUUUGGGAGGAUAAGUGGCUGCCAACGCCCUCCUCUUUCAAAGUGAUUACGCCCCAAACUGAUUUUGAUGACUAUCCUAUGGUAUCUUCCCUUAUUGAUAAUGAUACCAAAUGGUAG